AUGGCAUUUGCAGGGAUCCUAAGAGAAGAAGACAUCAACACUGCAAUCCAGUUUUGUCAAGCUCCAGGCAGUUUCAAUUAUAAGUCCUUCUUUGAGCAAGUGGGGCUGUUUGGCAAGUCCAAUGCAGAUGGCCAAUGUGUGUUCAAAGUCCUAGAUCAAGAUCAGAGUGGCUUUAUUGAGGAAGAGGAGCUCAAACGUUUCUUACAGAACUUCUCCUCUGGGGCCAGGGAGCUCACAGAGGCCGAGACCAAAGCACUCCUUGCAGCUGGAGACUGUGAUGGCGACGGCAAAAUUGGAAUGGAAGAAUUCUGCUCUUUGCUAAAAUGA